AAGUUAACCAUCUCGUUCUCUGCAGCGCAACCACAGCGCAUCUCCAAACCCGUUUUUGCGCCCCACGCCCCCCAACCCGCCACAAUGCCGUCGACACACAAGAAAGAGAAGCCCUGGGAUACAGACGAUAUCGACAAGUGGAAGAUCGACCCUUUCAAGCCCGAAGACAACACCGCAGGCCCCUUCACAGACGAAUCGCGCUUCUCGACCCUCUUCCCCAAGUACCGCGAGCAAUACCUCAAAGGGUCAUGGAAGUUCAUAACCUCCGCGCUGGCCAAGCACGGCGUAGGCUGCGAAUUGAACCUGGUCGAAGGCUCCAUGACGGUAUGGACGACGCAAAAAACCUACGACCCCGCCGCCAUCCUCAACGCGCGCGACCUGAUAAAACUGCUGUCCCGCAGCGUGCCCGCGCCCCAAGCAGCCAAGAUCCUCGACGACGACACAGCCAUGGACGUGAUCAAGAUUCGCAGCUUGGUGCGCAACAAAGAGCGCUUCGUCAAGCGACGCCAGCGCAUCCUGGGCCCCAACGGAUCAACCCUCAAAGCCCUCGAAUUACUGACGGAAACCUACCUCCUCGUGCAGGGCAACACGGUAGCAGCCAUGGGCCCGUUCCCCGGCCUGAAAACAGUGCGUCGCAUCAUCGAAGACACAAUGGCAAACAUCCACCCCAUCUACGCCAUCAAAGAGCUCAUGAUCAAGAAAGAACUCGCAAAGGAUCCCGACCUCGUAAACGAGUCCUGGGACCGCUUCCUGCCAAACUUCAAGAAGCGCAGUUUGAGCAAACGACGCGUGCCCCAUAAAGUCACCGAUAAGGCGAAGAAGACGUACACGCCCUUUCCCCCGCCCCAGGAGAAGAGCAAAGUCGACCUCCAGAUUGAAUCCGGCGAGUACUUUCUCGGCAAGCAGGCUAAGGAGCGGAAGGCGAGGGAGGAGCGCGAUGACAAGAUGCGCGGGAAGAUGGAUGCGAAGCGUGCUGAGCGUAUGGCGGAGUAUGUUGCGCCGGCGGAGGAUGAGGGGGUGGAGAAGAAGGAUAAGGAUAAGAAGAAGAAGCGGAAACGCGAGGAGGGCGAGGAGAAGGAGAAGAAAAAGAAGAAGCGUAGUGGGGAGGGUGUAGAUGCGGAAUGAAAGUGUUGAGCGACGAGGAUUUCUGUAAAGGGCGCUGUCAAAUCCAGCAAAAACGAAGCAUUAGCUGGCGUUCAGGUUCAAACUAAACUAUAUCAAUUCCAAUACCCC